AUGUCAACAAGCCAAUAUGUUAAGACGCAGAUCAAAAAUCCCAAUGUAGCUCAGAAGCAAAGUACGAGUAAUUCAACUGAUAUUUCAACAGAACAGUCUCAACGAUUGAUUCAAACAAUGCUAACUAUGUCAUUUGGUUGUCUAACUUUUCUUCGUGGUUUAUUUCCGGAUGACAAUUUUGCUGAUCAACGGUUUGUUCCUGAAAAGAUAGAAAAAAAUUACAAUAAAGAUAAUGUAUCUCAUGCCAACUCAAUUAGAAUAAAAACUUUGAAAAGAGGGAAAUCUAAUGAAGCUGAUAUUUUAUUAGACUGGUUGGAAAAAGGUGUCUUCAAAUCGUUAAAGUUGAAAUAUUUGAAAGGGCUAAGUUUUGGUAUCUUUUUAGAUGAAAAUAAUCCAAGCUCAUUGAUCGAAAAUUAUAUUUUUACUUUUGAAUAUGGUAAAAAUGAUAAUGGUAUAAAGAUGAGUAUCAAAAAUGAUACCUCAUCAAAUGAGUCAAUUUCUCUAUUGGAUUCCAGAAUAAUGGUUCAACAAUUGAUGAGGAGAUUUAUUAUUCUAACUCAAUCAUUAGAACCUUUGCCCCAAAAGAAGUAUAUAUCAAUGCAUUUGAUAUUCAAUUCAAAUACACCUCAAUCUUACCAACCUUCAAACUUUAAAGAUGCUACUUAUGAAGAAAAACCAACAAUUAAGAUUCCAACGAAUAAUUUGAUCUCGAAAUCGUCUACAGUCGGUUCAUUAGAAACAAAAUGCCAUCAAGUGGAAAUUACAGUUCUUUCUACAAAUGAGUCGGAUUUAACUAAUCCAGAAGUAGAUUGUGACGUAAUUGAGCCUAUUUCAAGAUUUUGUUUAUCACCAGAUCAAAUUUCAGGUAGUAGACGAGGUACCAUAAAUGGGUAUGAUACUCAAUCACAAACAGGAAAUAUAUUAGGAAAUGUAUUGCAAUCUUCACAGACAAGUGUACAACCUACUCAAUAUGUGGCACACCAAGAAAGAGAUACGGAAUGUGAAUGUGGGGUUGCUUCGCCUGCUAAGGUAACCUCUACAAAAAUUUGCAAAAUUUGUAAGAAGAAAGUCCAUGGUUUCUGUUAUGGUAAUAUAAGAGAAAAUCGUGUUCCAGCAUGCUUUAUGUGUUGCUUUGGUCCAGAAUUAGAAAGCAAAUCCUCUGAAUUUAAAGAUUUGAUGACUUUACGAAAAUGCUAUAGAACUUUAUCAAAGAAAAGAAGUUUUCCACCCUCAGUUAUGACUUUUGCUGAAUACAUGUUCAGAAAGGAAGACAUAACAGAUGAAAUUAAAAAUAGAAUUGCCUUUGCUAUAACUAUAUUUUUUUCAGAUAAUACACUCUCAGCUCAAGGAAAUACUGAUCAGACCGGUAGCCAAGCCUUAAGACCCAAUUUCGUUUCAAUUGAUAUACCAGGCAUAGCUAUUCCCAACUUUGGGGAAUUAAAGGAAGGACAGACAACAGAUAUUCGUUUUACCUUAAGAUCUGAAAAUUCAAGAGAUUGCUAUACAACAGAUAUACCUUAUUCUAAGAAACAGAUCAAAAAAUGGCUGGAUGAAGUUCUGGAAUUAAGUAGACAAAGUAUACAACAACUACAAAGUGGAACAUUCGGUAUUGAUACUUUAGAGAUCACAGAUAAUACUGAAACACAGGAUCCAAUUGAAGUGAAUCAAAAGAAAAGAACUAGAAUUAACUUGGAAGGAUACAUUGAUGAUAGUUCUCCUUCUGUUAAUGAUACAAGUAUUAUUGAAAAAGAAACACCUAGAAAAAUACCAAAAAUUAGUGUUUCAAAAAAACUUUACCAAGUAACUGGUAAAUCUAAAAUAUUGCAUUUAUCAAUAGAAAUUUAA